CCACAAUGCCGCUCCCACUACGGCGCACUGCGCUGCGCGCACACGCCGCUGUGUCCUCACCUGGAAACAGUCUGAGCCUUCAUCCAGGUGAUCGGAAGUGCUUCUCCUCUUUCCCGUAACUUUGAUAGGAGUGUCUGAGGGAGACGUUCAGAAACAGUCAGGAUGUUUCAUGUGAAGGACAGACUGGGCCUCAACCUUCAGCGGGGAGCCAUCAGUCUUCUGGGGGUUCACACCGUUGUCUUCCUCGCCCUGAUCUGUUCAUGUAGAGGCCAGUCCAAGGUGAUCGGUCCAUCUCAGCCAGUAGUGGCCACAGUUGGCGAUGACAUCAUUUUGACGUGUUACCUGGACCCUGCUGUGGAUGCUUACGGCUUGACAGUGGAGUGGGCAAGACCUGACCUGGACCCCAGGUUUGUCCACGUGUGGCGUGACGGUGCGGAACUAGAGAACAUAAAGAAUCCGUCCUACAACAGCAGAACGUCGCUGUUCGUUAACGAACUCAGACACGGAAACAUCUCACUGAAACUCUCCAAAGUGAGACUGUCUGAUGAGGGAACAUACAAAUGUCUCGUUCCUGGACUGCAUAUUGACUCUGCUGCUCAGCUUGUUGUUGGUGCUGUCUCUGUACCUGAUGUCCAAAUGAACCAAACCAGCAGUGGAGUGGUCCUACAGUGUGAAUCCAGAGGCUGGUACCCGGAGCCUGAGCUGCUGUGGCUGGACGCUGAGGGAAACCUCCUCCCUUCUGGACCUACAGAGACAGUCCCAGGUCCUGAUGGCCUCUAUACUGUCAGCGGCAGAGCGACUGUGGAGCAGAGACACGGCAGCAGCUUCACCUGUAGAGUCCAACAGAGCAACACCAACCAGAGCAGAGAGACUCACAUACAGGUUGCAGAUGAUUUCUUCAUGGUUCCCAGUACUCCCAGUACUCCCAGUAGUCCUGUCAUUGUUGGCAUGGCUGUUGGUGCUGCUGUUGUCCUCCUGCUUAUUCUCGCUGUUGUCUUCAUUGUGUACAGACAGAGACAAAACAAAUCUAAAGACAGGAGGAAGAGUCCUGAGGAAGGAACUGAGGAGACGGCGGACCAACGGAUCAACUUUAAAUGGGAUGACACAGGAGUCCAGGUUGAGAGCGAAGCAGGAGAGCAUAUACCACUUAUGGCAGGAAGAGAAGAAGAGAAUGAUGUAGACAGCAGAGCAGAGAGGAAGAUCACAGCUCAG